GUUUUUCCCGUCCACAGCCCUCAGCCCACCACAAACGCGCCUCCGUACCAUCCGUCGCCGCCGGCGCACCGCGAUGGCUGCCUCCGCCACGGCCGCGAGGCCUCUCGCCGGGACCGCCGUCCCGCUCCCGCUCUCGACGCGGACGCGGCCUGCCAGGGUCGCCUUGCUCUCCCUGAUUCCUCCUGCUCCGGCCCAGCGCCUUGCUCUCAGGCGUGGCGCGUGGCUCUCACCCCCGGAGCGCAGCCGGUCGGUGCGGUGCCUGGCGGCUAUGAGCCCGGAGAUGCGGGCAACGCUGGACAAGGUCGUAGGAUCCAGCAAGGUGGUGCUGUUCAUGAAGGGCACCAAGGACUUCCCGCAGUGCGGCUUCUCCCACACCGUCGUGCAGAUCCUGCGCUCGCUCGACGUGCCCUUCGAGACGCUCGACGUGCUCGCCAACGAGGCGCUCCGGCAGGGGCUCAAGGAGUACUCCAGCUGGCCCACCUUCCCGCAGCUCUACAUCGACGGCGAGUUCUUCGGUGGAUGUGACAUCACCGUUGAGGCAUACAAGAGUGGAGAACUGCAGGAAACUCUAGAGAAAGCAAUGUGCUCAUAGAGAAAAGAAAUUAGAACCAGGAGUGCACGACAUACAGUUAAUCAAAAUGUUAUAGUAUUUGCUGUACAAUUCAGGCAAUGUUAAGCUGGAGAUACCAAAGUUGUAGGCAAUCCAUGUCCAAAUGCUCAGUGCACUUGGUUUGGAACA